AUGUCUCACCCACGAACCGCCUGCUCCACCACCAGCACCAACCUCUGCGCCAAAUGCGCCCCGCUCUACACCCACCUGCACGGACACAUCCCCGCCGACCGACUCAACUGUCCCUCCCUAACCACCUACCCCAUCCACCUAAAAAUCCGCAUCCGCCCCGCCACAAAUGCCGCCGAAGUCCAGGAGAUCCACAACAUCUGCCGCGACAUCGCACGCGUCAUGACACCCCAAGUGCAGAACAUGUUCGGGCUCGCGCCGGGGACGCCCGUGCCCAUGGCCGGGCGGAAGGAGUUCCGCCGCGAGUACACAGACCUGUUCAUCCUGGUCGAUCUGCCGUGGGAGGUGGAUGUGUCUGACUGGAAUGUCAUUGACGAGAUCCUGGGCGUUGCCGGGUUGAUUCCGCUGCUGGCGGCGGGUCAGGAGGAGUGGCAGGUUUGCAGCCCGGAGAGCGAGGAGUGCGCGCAGCACUUUCGGUUGGGGUUUUGGAUUGAUCAUCUUAGGGAGAGUCGGAGGGCCGCGGAGCGGCGGCGGCGGAGGGAACAGCAGCCGCAGCAGGCGCAGCAGGUGGUACUGCCUGCUUUUCAGUUCCAAGGAGGCGUUCCCAUGGGGUUUAUGCUGUUUCCUGUGCCCUUUGUUAGGGGUCCUAAUCCGAGAUGA